AUGAAGCUUGCUUCUCAAGAGGCAAGUCGUGAACCUGACCAAUCAAUUCAAGAAUGGCUUGAGAAUGAGCCUACACUCGAUGCCAAUUCCGUCAACUUGUUCGACGAACUCUGCGAGGCUGCUAAACAAGGUGAUCUCGAAAAAGUCGAAAGUCUUGUACGCAAUUUCUCGGCACCCGUGAAUUUGCAGGAUCGAUUCCAGUGUACACCCCUCUAUUACAGCUGUACGGUCGUCAAAUUCCUGUUGGAGAAUGGCGCACAAUGCGAUCCGAAUACGUUCACAGGUGAACGAUGUCUAUAUGGUGCAUUAAACGACAAAAUCCGACGUUUACUGCGGUCAUAUAAAUUCUCCAAGGCUAUUAAUGAAAACCAGCCUUAUCUCCAAUUCUUGACCAAUCUAUACAACGACCAUACAUACGACGACCUCACCUUUUUGAUCCGCCGAUCAUCGGAGAUCGAGGACAAUAACGAUUCAGCGUCCAUUGACGAGUUUCCAGUCCAACGCUAUGUCAUUGCUGCACGAUCAUCAUAUUUCAGGAACCAACUUUUAGGUCGCUGGCGUAGCGAUGACAAGGUCAAACUUUCAUCCAAGCUCGUCGAUCCUACGGCCUUUGAAGCAGUGCUGCAAUAUCUAUAUACCGGUCAACUUUUCGACGUUGACAAGAGCGCAUUGGAGAACAUGGUCUUUGUCUGUAAGCAUCUAGAGCUACCCGAGCUCCAAGAGCGAUGUGAAGCCUUGCUUGCCAAUGAUUCUGACGAAGAAGACGAAAAGAACGCGAAUCGUGCUCAAGACGCGAAAGAAAUGGCCAAGAUUCGCCGUGACUAUGAAAUGUUUCUCCAAACGCUGCUUGGAUGUGCUCGCUUUGUGAAAAAGAACGAGCAAGGCGAAUACAUUACUGGCGAAUCACUACUUGAAGACGAAAGUCGGGUUGCGCCACCCGAGGCUGCAUUCGCUGACAUUGCUAUCCUGAUGGACGAUGUACUGUUUUUAUGCCACAAGGCAUGUUUGUGUCGGUCAGAGUUCUUCAAUAUUAUGCUCCAUGAUGCAUUUUCCGAGUCGAAUAUGGACGUGUCGACGAUCCGUUACAAGGCGGAUGACCAGGUGCUCAAGCUGCCGCUCAUUGAGGUGCACGAGAUGAUGCCAGAGUCAUUCCAAUAUGUACUCGAGUACCUGUACACUGAUCGAUGCACGAUACCAUUGGAACAAGCUUAUGAUGUCAUGCUUGCAGCCGAUAUGUGGAUGCUGGAACGGCUGAAAUCCAUUGCUGCCAUCACAUUGACUGGAUCCAAGAAGCCUAUCAUUGAUAUUUACGAGCUUGUGCGUACAGCCAUUCGGUUGAAUGUGGAUCGACUCGAACAGUGGUGCGUCAAAUACUUUGCAGAUCAUUUGGAUGACUAUAUCUCAAAGGUUGAGUUUCAAAAUCUGAUUCGUGAAAGUGCUCAUUCCAUUGCUGGCCGUCAAGAAACGGAUUCAAUCCCAUUGAUUGACGAUCUUCGAUAUUUCCUGGGCAAAAAAUACUUUAUUUUCGAAGAGGAAUUGAAUCAAGAAGGCAAGGUACCCGAAGAAUAUCGUGACAACUGGACCGAGCUAGAAACGUUGUAUAAUGAAAAGCUAGAGCUGCUGGAUCGUGUAUUAGAAUCAUUAGGAUUCGAAGCUUAG